AUGUUGAAUAAACAUUUUGGAAUAGAGCUGGUGAAAACAAUUAAUCAAAUUGAAAUUGAUUCUUCGCUUCCAAAAGAUAGCAUUGAACUGAAGAAUAAAUUCUCGGGGAAAAGCAUUACGGCAAUCGCUGCAGCUUAUAAUUCUAAUGAUAUCAGUUCAGUUGAAUAUGGUAUAUGGCUUAAAAAAUUAAAGCUCAAUCCUAGAAUUGAAUGUUUUUGGUGGAGGCUGCUCAAUGAGGCUAUUCCAACCAAUGAUUUCCUAAUGAAUUGUAGAAUACUGGGACAUAAUUCAUGUCCAAGAGGCUGUGAGGAACGUGAAGACACUUACCAUAUCAUGGUUCAUUGCCAUAAACUGCAGCAAGUUAUAGGAAUUCUCAAUAAAUGGGGAUUUACAUGCCCGUUGUUUUGCUCUACAAAAGAUUGUAAGUAUCAUUUGGAGAAAUUAUCUGUUCAUAAUAGAUCUCUGGCAAAUUUAUACUACUCUCUAGUUUAUUUUUCAUGGAAGAGUAGGAAUUCAAUCAAACAUGGAAAGAAUGAUUGGAAUUCGAACUUUAUUGCCGGCAAUGCUAUUAGUUAUGCAUCAAUUACUUCUUCAAAUCUAUUCAUGGAUCACUGGGAUACUAACCAGCCUUCAAGGAUGAACUAUAUUUGGCAUCCCCCUCCCCCAGAAUGGAUUAAGGUAAAUCUUGAUGCAGCAUUAACUAAUAACUACAAUGGAGGUAUAGGUGGUGUUUUUAGAGAUUCUAAAGGAAGAUUCUUACUCGCUUUUGGAAUCAAAUGCAUGCACUAG